CCUGUGGAUCCCGUCCCAGCCAAGCAGCGGAGCUGAGGCUGAGCUCACAGACGGGAGCCAAAGGCCAGACACUGAUUUUCACACCACCGCACAGGCAACAGAGGCUGUUCCAGGCCAGCUCCCUGCACAAAUGACCCCAAUUUUCAGAGGUUAAUCCCAGCGAACACAGACCAAGUCCUCAGUGACCUUAACAGGAAUUCCCUGCUUUAAACCACAAAAUCCACAGCUCUGCCUUGGGAACUCACUUUUAAGCGCUCAAGCGCCUUAAAAACAGAUCCAGAGAGACCCAGUGGACAACCAGAACACCGCGCAGCACGGCCGAGAGAGCUCCAGCGACGGAUUAUUUUUAAUAAGACCUCAAAAUAGGCAUUCCCAGCUGUUGUGCAUCCUGAGAGGCAGCAGCUCCUCUCUGCACUGCCCGGCGAGGUGAGGGAAGGGAGGCUGCGGUGGGAGCGCCCUCCUCGAGUGUUCCCCCUGUCCUGCGUGGUGCAGAACUAUUCCUGGGGGAAGGUGGGCUUGGAGAGCGAGGUGGCCAAGCUGGUGGCCAGCGGUGACCCCCUGGUCCAGAUCCAGCCCGACCAGCCCUAUGCUGAGCUGUGGAUGGGCACACACCCCCGGGGCGAUGCCCUCAUCCGGGAUAACCGCAUCCCCCAAAAGACCCUGGGCCGCUGGAUCGCCGACAACCCCGCCUGCCUGGGGGCCAAGGUGAAGGACGCCUUCCAGGGACACCUGCCCUUCCUGUUCAAGGUGCUGUCGGUCAACACCGCCCUGUCCGUCCAGGCGCACCCCAACAAGGAGCUGGCAGCGAAGCUCCACGCCCAGUUCCCUGAGCACUACCCCGAUGCCAACCACAAGCCUGAAAUGGCCAUCGCCCUCACCCGCUUCGAGGGCAUGUGUGGCUUCCGGCCCGUGGAGGAGAUCGUCUCCUUCCUCCAGAAUGUCCCCGAGCUCCGGGCACUGAUCGGGGAGGUGGCAGCGGAGCAGCUGGAGCGCAGCGGGAGCGACGACCCCCGCGGGGUCUCGGCCGCCCUCCGCGUGUGCUUCACCCGCCUCAUGAAGAGCGAGAAGAAGUUCUUCGUGGACCAGCUGAACAUGCUGGUGAAGAGGAUCUCCCAGGAAGCGGCGGAAGGGAAGGACACGUCAGGGAGCAACGGGGACCUGCUGCUGCGGCUGCACUCCCAGUACCCGGGGGACAUCGGCUGCUUCACCAUUUAUUUCCUGAACCUGGUGAGGCUGGAGCCAGGGGAGGCCAUGUUCCUGGGAGCCAACGAGCCCCACGCCUACCUGCACGGAGACUGCGUGGAGAUCAUGGCGUGCUCGGAUAACACGGUGCGUGCCGGGCUCACCUCCAAGUUCAUCGACGUGCUCACCCUGUGCGAGAUGCUCAACUACACGCCGGCACCCAGCAGCUCCAAGAUCUUCCCGGCGGCGCAGAGCCAGCUCGAUCCCCACGUCUACCUCUACGACCCACCCGUGCCAGACUUCACCAUCAUGAGGAUAGAGAUCCCUGCCUCCAUCAAGCUGUACCUCAUCUCUGCCAUGGACUCUGCCAGCAUCUUGCUGGUGAUCCAAGGGACAGCCGUGGGCACCUCCACAGCCGCAGCCUCUGAGAUGUCCCUGCACCGUGGCUCCGUGCUCUUCAUCUCGGCCGACGAGAGCAUCUCCCUCCACCUCUCCUCGCCCGACGGGAUGCUGCUCUUCCGAGCCUGCUGCCUCCUCUGAGCAGGACCUGGGACACUUCCUCCACAUCACUCCAUGUUUUGAGUAGCUAGAAACUGGUGCAGGCUUGAAAGUUUUCCCUCCACCUAUUGAAUCCCAAACCCAGCCCUGAUGUCUAGAAAAAGCAAUUCCAUGGAGCGACUCCUUGGAUGUGGCGCAGAGCAGAGCAGGCUGGGGCUUUUUGCUGCUUCUGGUGGGCUCUUCCCCAGCCUGGCUGAUGGCAGGCAGUGUCCCCCUUCCCUGGCUGUAAAAGGGGGCUCUGUGGGGGGGUGAUGGAGCGGGAGAGCCUCUGCUGCUGUGAAUAAAGAGGUGACUUUGUCCCUGGUGAAGAGCAGCGUGGUGGAGGGAGCAGGAGGAUGGAGGGGGCCAGAGAGGCUGGGAGCAGCUCCAGCAUUCCCUCACCACUGGCCGUGACUCACCCCCCUCGUUGCUCCUUAGGCACAGGAAAGGAGUAAAAUGUGGCGAGGGAAAACAGGAGUCCCCCUCGCAGCAUCAGCACCCCUUCUGAGUAUUGAGAUCCAGUUUAUUGAGUGCUCCCUUUCACAAGUUAAAUACAAAACCAAA